AUGUCGAACGUUGAAGCUGUUGAACAACUCGUCCAAGAACCAAAGGAAGAACUCAACUUGAACACUGCUAUCAAGAGAGUCUUGAAGACUGCCUCUGCUAACAGAGCUGUCGCCCGUGGUUUGAGAGAAGUCUGUAGAACUUUGGCCAAGGAUAAGGCCCAAUUGUGCGUCCUUGCUGAUGACUGUGAUAAGGAUCAAUACAAGAAGCUCAUCAAGGCUUUCUGUGCUUUCAAGAAGGUUGACUUGUUGGAAGUCCCAUCCAAGAGACAAUUGGGUGAAUGGGUUGGUCUUGCCAAGUAUGAUAAGCAAAUGAGAACCAGAAGAGUCCAAAAGUGUGCAGUUGCUGUCAUUACUGAUUUGAGUGGAUUUGGUGAGGAUCAAGAAGAUGCUUUGAACUUUGUCUUGAAGCACCUCGGAAAGUCCGAUUAA